GCUACUGAUCUUGUCCCCUUUACUGGGUUUUUGUUUUCUUUCUUUUUGUUCUGUUUGUUUCAUUGAUUCAUUAAUGGAGUUAAACCAAGAAAAGAAGUUCGUUUGCAAAUUUUGCAACAAAAGGUACCCUUGUGGGAAAUCAUUAGGUGGUCACAUAAGAAUUCAUAUGAACAACGAUAAUUAUGCUGAAACUAAAGAAGAAUCAGCUGAUUUACCCUUAAACAAGCUCAAGAGAUUUGCUGGUUUGAGGGAAAAUCCAAAGAAAACCAAGAGGUUUUCGGAUUCAAGCAAUGGCUCUUCGUUUAAAGAGAUGAUUUGUAAAGAAUGCGGUAAGGGUUUUAGAUCAAUGAAAGCUCUUUGCGGUCAUAUGUCUUGUCAUUCCGACAAGGAGAGAGUUUAUCAUUUCAACAGUGGCGAUAAACAUAAGCUGAUUAUGGAUAGUCAGUCGAAUACCGAAACGUCGACGACUCCGAGUCGAAGGAGAUUUAAGAGGGUUAAGUAUAAGACGAUCGGUGUUCAGCCGAAUAAUUCGGACAAUUUGGGGAAUGGUUCUUCAUCUGUUUCGGAGAUAGGGCAAGAACAGGAGGAGGUGGCGAUGUGUUUGGUGAUGUUGUCGAGGGAUUCCUGUAAUAAGAAAGGGCCGAAUUCAGUUGCCGAUUCUUCGGACAACAACUUGCUCUCGUUGGAAGAAAAAUCGUCGUUGAUCGAUGUGAGGAUCACCAUUGAGAAUGCCAUGAAAUGUGUUUCCAACAAGAACAAGUUGAAGGAAUCUGCUGAAACUUGUCAUUCUUCCGAGGAUUCUGAUUCAGGGUAUUUUAGAAAUGGACCAAAGAAGGUGGAAUCGGAGGAUUCUGUCUAUGAGUUUCGCGGGUCCAAGAAGGCUAAAAUGGUGUCUGGAUCAGGGUUUAAAAGCAAAUUCAAGUAUGAUUUAAGAAGGAAUGGAAAGAAUGCUUAUUACAGUCCUCAAAUGGGAAGCAAAUACGAGUGUUUAACCUGUAACAAGACCUUUGAUUCCCAUAGGGCCCUUGGAGGACACCGAGCGAGCCAUAAGAAGGCAAACGACUGCAACGAAUCAAUACAUGAGAGUCGUAUUUACGGCUCCUACGAGUCAUACCAAAGUUACCAAGUCUAA